AUGCGAUCACAAAGCGAUGACGAGACCUGGGAUGUGAGGGAGAGAGCAAGCACUGGUGUUUUUACUGCACGAAGGACAGGUUGGAAUGAAGAAGUGAUAAAUAGUGAUGACAGAAAAGUGUUUCGAACGGAGCAAGGUGUGAGGUAUGAUGACUAG